UCAAGGGGUAUUUCUGUCAAAUGUUGGGUUUACCUACCUACUUGCAGGUUUAUGAUUAGUUCUGCGAACUCGGGAAUGGAGAAGAUUUCAGAAUCGACGAGCCGCGGGAAGAAACUUGCACGAGAACAAGAAGAAGAUGAUAACAAAACAGAACCUGAAAUCUCAGAAUCAGAUUUUGAAACCCUGUCUCUUGAGCAAAAUCUUACCUUCAGUUAUACGCUGAUUGCUCUUCGAAUAAUGCGAGCUCAAUUCCCCGUUAUUGAUAAGGUGACAGUUCAACCGUUCAUUUUACGGUCUCAGCUCUAUAGCUGUGUGAAAGAUAGAACUCAAGUGGAUAGGGAAAUAGAGUCACUGAAGAAAGAGAAAAAAUUGCGAGUAUUCAAGCUAAAUACUGGGCAAGAUGAUCAUGGUAUUAUGUUCACAGAGGACUAUCUUAUGCAGAUAGGAAUUGUUAUGAGAAGGAUAGAAGCAAAAAAGGAAGAUGAUGUUGCGGUUUUUGAUUGGUUCAAAAAUUAUGUUAUUGAUUCCAAGCUGGAUCCUAGUAUAAGCCAUCAAGAGUUGUGUUUACUAUUAGCUCUGGGUGGCAAGGUGAAGGAUGCACACAUAACAGUCUUGAUCAAUGCUGGCUUACUUACCAGGCAGUUAGUUGAUUCAAAUAUGUAUUGGUUUGCGAUCCCGAACAUUGGUUCAGUGCUUAAGAGCCUCUUACAGGGAAGAAAAGAGCUCCUCUCGUUCUUAAGCCGCAGGAAGUACAAAGAGAUGUUGAUGGCUCCUUUGGAAAUGAAGCGCUUCCGCAUGUCUAUGCUUGACACACGCUUUCAUCUGCGGGAUCUGAUCGGCUCUGGUCACCUGAAAACCUUUAACACUCCUACCGGCUUGGCUGUUCGAAUAUCUAAGGAUUAACUGACACAUACUUAUUCACCAAGCACGAUCCUUUGUAUUUAGACUGUCAGAGCCGUCUUAUGGACCAGGCCAGCUAGGCUAUCACAAAAUUUAAUUUUUCUUAUAACUUGAUUUUUUUAGUGCUCUUACAUAGUGGUUGAUAGUCAUACUAUCUAAUUAAAAUUGAAUGCUGUUUGUUUUGUAAGUAUAGCGUACUGCUUUCAAUCCCAUUUAGCCA